AUGGCAACUACUACACCAAGUUUAACUUCACCAACUUAUGAUGAAAUAUUGUCAACAACAAGUCCUGUAUCAACAGAUGAUCCAAAUAAAGCAUCGGAAAUUGAUAAGUCUGUAACGAAUUAUUUAUUAUUUAUAUUUCCAUUAUAUGUAUGUGCGAUUUUAUUAAAUUUUUUAUCAAUUUAUUCAAUACUUCUGGCAAAAAUUUUUCGUCAAUAUUUAUCUAAUGUACUUUUGACGGUUAUUUGUAUAGGAGCAUUAAUUAAUUUACAUGGUCUUAUGUUUUUAAUACUUUUACGAUGGACACAUGAUGCAGCAUCAAGUCGUAUAUGUUCAUCAUCAAUGUAUCUUCGUGAUACUGGUUCAAUUCUUAUUUAUACACAUGUUUUACUCUUGGCUUUCGAACGUAUUCUAGCUAAUUUAAAAAAACAUCCAACAAAUUUAAAUAAUAAACUUAUUCAACGAGCUCAUCUUUUUCUUAUAACUAUGUCAUUAAUAAGUAUUAUUCUUUCAUUAACUAUUCCAAUAUAUACAUUUAGUCAAUCAUCAUUUUCAUCUAUGAAUGGUUUAUGUACUCCAACACAAAUUGGAUCUUAUAGAAAAUAUUUAAAAUGGAUUUAUUAUGGUUUUGGUCAUCCAUUUGUAUGGUCAUCAUGUAUUUUACUUAGUAUAUUUCUUAUUCGAAAAACAACAAUAUCUUAUUCAACAUUAAUUCCAAUGAAUAGAAUUAUAUUAAUAAUUAGUUAUUCAUCUUGUAUUAAUCUUUUAAUAAGUACAUUAUUUGAUGAUCUUAUUGGUAUUAAUGAUAAUGAAAUAAAAUAUACCAUAGAUCAAUCUGCUGAAACAGUACUUUUUUUAAUGAAUUUACGUGAUUUUAUUUCAAUAAUAGAUAAAAUAUUAAUUGGAUUAUUAUUUUUUCUUUUUCGACCAGAAAUUCGUUUAUGGUUAUAUGAAUCAAUGAAAAAAUUUCAAUUAAAUAAAAAUGAACCUGUUAUACCACAAAUGUUAGACAUACGUAAUGUAAUAGAUGAUAAUUAUCAUGAAACAGAUGAUGGAAAUCUUCAUCCUCCAACAGAUAUUUAG